CUCUCAUCUCCACUGUUGAACUUGACUUUUCGUCUUCCCCCGUUUUCCCAUCUUCACCCUUAAUCUACCCAUCAGACGUUUUACACACCAUUCACCAUGGCCGAUGAAGAACCAAAGCAGACACCUACCCCCGAAAAGACUCCAGCCAACAAGAAGAAAGGUCGGCCACAAGUAGAGCGCAGUAAUUCAGAAGCCUCAACCACCACUGUCGACGAAGAAGAUCAGGGUUACGAAUCUCGCUCGCGAUCCCAGUCGAGAAGACGACGUCGACAGAAUCAACGCCAGCGGCAAGCCCAAGCAAAGGCAUCAGCUGGCAAUGGCAACGCGUCUGCACAGUCCAUGACCGCCAUCGGCGAGGAGGAUGAGCCCCAGCAGCAACAGCAAGUGGCCCGUCGGAACCAACAGGCGCAACCCCAGCAGCAAGAAGAACAACAGCUCCCUCCUAAACAGUACGUCGAUAAAGAAAACCCACAAUGGCUGAAAAACCCAGCCCCGCAAGACAUCACCGACACCCAGCCCUUUGAGUACAUUAAACCACCCUCACAGUCGAUGAUGGGGCCGGUAUCGUACGCCAGAAUGCUCCGGGGAGAAAUCCCUUGGGUUGGGCCACCGCCCUCACAGCCGCUGGAGAGUGCUCAGUCAUUUGACGCCAAGGAUUCCAGCGGUCGUGAUCCGAUGGAUCAAGACGGGCUCAAGUUACGAAUAGAAUUGAAUCUCGACAUUGAAAUCGAGCUAAAGGCGCACAUCCAUGGUGAUUUGACCUUGGCCUUAUUGGCUUGAUCUCGCCAUCCCUAAGGUCAAGCUGCCAAAAGUCAAACUCCCCAAAGUCAAACUGCCCACGGCCAAGCUACCGAAACUGCCGACCCCUGGACUUUGAUUCUCUAAGGCCAAAACCGCGAGGGACACGUCCGUUUCGUUCUAGAGAUCCCGGUGGCUUACGGAGCACGGGCAGGCGACCGCUCGUCAGGG